AUGUCAAUAGCAAGGUUGAUCCAGCUAAGUCCGCUCGAGUUCGGCCGGCCCAGUGUGGUCGAAAGUGUUUUACAGUCUCUGAUCGAUGACGCCUUGUUUGGACGAUGUGCGAAUUCGGCGCCGGCCUCAAUUCGCCCCGCAGCCGGCAUACACGGACAGACGGUUGGUUUUCAGUCUCUUUCUACCUUGCAAAUGCCAGCGCCUCGAGUCAACCGCGCAAGCGGCAGUCGCGGGAAUGUCCUCGGUCUGGCAGGUCUGGCGGUGCUUCUGCUGCUCGUCGUCGCAGGGCCGAGGCGCGCUGAGGCUCGCACCAACCUGGCCGAGUUCACCAAAGUGGUACCUCGUGAGGUGUGGCAACACGUGGAGGCGCGCAUCUCGGACCCGGCUUUUAUUGCUCGGCCCAGCCUCCUCCUCUCGCUGGCCUUCCUCAUCCACGCGUUCUGCAUGCUCGCCGUCGGCGUGAUGACUAUGCACGCUCUGGAGGGUCGGCAUUCCGAGCGGAGCCUCAUCAUCGAGCAGAACACCGACCUGUUGGGAAGACUGCGUAACAUUGACUAA